CCGGAAGUAGAUCUCUGAUACAUCAACAAGGAGUGAGGCUGUGAAGUCCUAAUGUGUUGACUUGAACUUGCAUUGAUCAUGGGUAAGAUAUGCAAAGUAGUGGUGUGCGGGUCAGCGGGGGUGGGGAAGACUGCCGUCUUGGAGCAGGUCAUCUAUGGAACACACCGUGUCGGACAGGAAACUACUUGUCCUACGAUUGAAGACAUUUAUGUAGCCAACAUUGAGACGAAUAGAGGAAGCAGAGAAAGAGUCAGGUUUUACGACACCAAGGGCUUGACUUCAAUCAAUCCAGAUCUCCCCAAGCAGUAUCUCAGCAUGGCAGAUGGGUUCUUAUUGGUAUACAGCACUACCAGUCAGGAGUCCUUCAAGAUGCUUGAACACAUCAAGAAAGAGAUUGAUAAGCUCAAAGACAAGGACAAGAAGGAGAUAUCAGUGGUGAUGAUUGGUAAUAAAGUCGACCUAAAUCAUCAGAGGCAAGUAGAGUUCAGAACAGCCAGUGACUGGGCCGUCAAAGAAAAAAUCCAAUUCUAUGAGGUGACGGUAGCCAAUAGGAGUAGUCUUGUGCAGCCGAUCGUCUCUCUUACAUCUAAGCUCACUAUCCCUCCAACCAAAUCAACCUUCUCAAUAUCAGUGCGGAAUUUUAAGCCAAAACAACUGCAAAGCUUUGGCGAUUCAUGACCACAGACCCACCCCUUCAUAUUGAUGUCGUGAAAGAGGAAUCUGAAGCAAUAUCAGUGCGGAAUUUUAAGCCAAAACAACUGCAAAGCUUUGGCGAUUCAUGACCACAGACCCACCCCUUCAUAUUGAUGUCGUGAAAGAGGAAUCUGAAGCAAGAACACACUCACAAAUGUGCAAGGUUAUAGAUAGAUAACUUUGCACAUCUUACGUCAGUUCUGCAGUUCAUACCUAUGAGGCCAGUGUGAAUUCUCAAUCGUGAUUGAGAGUUUGUAAAGGAGUAAGAUUGACGGCCAAAACCGCUUUAAAAUUCUACUUUAUCAAAGCGAUAGCCGUCAUGUUGUGUGGAAAUAGGAUAUUUUAUCAUGCUACAGUGUAAAAGGAAAGUAAUGUCUGAAAACCUUGUAGAUUAUUGUGGCACAGAUACUUCCUUGGCUUUGAUGCGGACUGUGGUGGAAAGUGACACAGCCCAACAUGGGGAUGGUUCCAUAUUAAAGUGGAACAAGACUAGUGGUAUUUUAGUUAGCUCCAUUCGUCCUGGCUCUAAAACUUCCACAGCACAAGCAUGGAAGCAAGACCAGGACUAGAAAGAAGUCCU